AUGGGAAAUUCAAAGUCGAAGAAAGUUCAGAGGGAGCCGGAUAAAUUUUUCGAGAGGGAGCGAUGGAAGGAACAGAGGAGGGAGGAAAAGAAGAAGAAGAACUUGAAUCCUCAAAACAAGAGGACUGCUGUUAAAAAUCCUCCGAUAAAUCCUUCAGUGGCGUUGUUACCACCGAGUCAGGGUGCGAUGCCACGACCUUCGCCAUCCCAAAACCAUUCCUACGACGACGAAGCGUUAGACCGCAUGCGUUAUCAACUCAACAAUGAUUGCGACGCAUUUUUAUUAAACAAUAUCCUGUUGUCGGUGCAGUUCUUUGAAAAUUAUGAACGGUAA